AUGAAGAGAAAUCAAGAGUCGCUGCCUCAUUCCGAUCAGAAAAAAAAGAAAGUACUUGAUGACGCAACACAAGAGAAUGAGGAGCCUACUAGCUCCAGUGCGAUGGCUGAUGAAAAACAGUCACCAUCAAAAGGCAAAGAAGUCAGAAAAGAGAUACAACUAGAAAUGACUACAAUGUCAAAGUUUACUCAGUCGCCGAUAUCCAAAACCAAAAGUUUGGAGUCUAGAGUUUUGUCCAACAUCCAACAAGAGAAUUCACAAACCACCGGAGAUAUGGGGACUCAUAAGAUGUCACCGCCGGUUGACACGGAUGACCCAGAUUGGGUCAGUUCAAAAAUAUCAACACCUCCAGAACUAGAAAUCGAGAAUCCAUUACAAUCAGAUAUUCACAAGUCAUUACAAUCAGAUAUUCACAACUUACCGUCGGUUUUGGAAUUGCAGACUGGACAGAAAUUUAUUGUGAAUGGCAAGUUUGGAGAAGGCGUGUUCGGUAUCGUUUAUUUUGUAAGAGGAGAAGACAACAAAGACUACGCAGCAAAAGUCAUUAAGGAACGAAACAGGGUGUAUCUUGCUAUACCAGAAGAAGAAACGUACGAAAAAAUUGCCGCAAAUCCGCACAAGAAUCUUCUCUUAUUACAUUUGAAGGGUUUAUUAAUCAAUCCUCCACCAACUUGCACCCAGAAAGUCUUUAUCACUCCUGCUUGUGGACCAUCGCUUCUUGACGUUUAUAAUAAGGUUGACAGGGAUCUGCACAGUUCUCAACGUGCAGCGUUUUCGCUUACCGACAUUAGAAAAAUUGGGAAACAAGUGGCGGAAGCUAUGCAUCAUCUGGAAACGUUGGAGAUUUUUCACUUAGACCUUAAAAUGGACAACAUCGUUUUUAUUGAAGAUUUUUCCUACGAAACAGAACAUGGUCCGAAACACACAGUAAUCAAGAUGACCGGCACCGGCGUGAAAGUCAUCGAUUAUGGAAAUGCAAAGUUCCAUCCGCAACAUGGCGAACAACAUGUCUUCAAGAGAGUUCAGACCCUGGUAUUUAGAGCACCCGAAAUUUUGUUAGGUGGGUCAGUUUUAUUAUUGAUUUUUCUAAAUCAGCAUUACUUUAAAAAUUCUAACGAAAAAAAAUCAGCUUCGGAGCUCACACGAUAA